AUGUCAACAUCAUUUGCUCUGUUCGAUAUAAGACUGGAACAAGACGUGCUUGUUUUCUGCGGAAAUCAAUACGAAUCUUCCGAUCAAAUUCUACGAGGGGUUGUAGUUCUUUGCCUGCGGUCUCCUCUCAAGAUUGAAGAGAUCAGAGUACGUCUAGAUGGAAACGUCCGUCACGGGUGGUUAGCAGAUCCUGGCGUGGCUCAUAAUACCAAUAUCUUCAAGCACAAAUGGCCCCCACUGGUAGGAGUCAGUGGUAAAAGUCUUACCUUACCUGCUGGUAAUUACGAAUGGCCUUUUGAAUUUUUGAUGCCAGGCGACACCUCAGAGAGCCUUGAUGGCCUCCCAGAUGCGUCUAUCACUUAUGCCCUCAGAGCCACUAUCAACAGGGGAAAGCUCGUCCGACACACGUCCUGUUGCAAGAAGCUUAGGAUUAUUCGUACAUUGGCCCCGACUGCUCUCGAGUUUAUGCACAAUGCGAGUGUUGAGCAGACUUGGAUCAACAAGAUAGACUAUUCGGUAUCUUUACCAAGUAAAGCUGUCGCAUUCGGUAGCUCUGUGGUUUUAGAAAUACGGAUUACUCCUCUGGUCAAAGGCAUCGAACUGGGGCGAAUCGGGGUCAAGUUGGUGGAGUUUCACGAAUUCAGCAUGCACAGCAGGCACUACAUCUAUACGCGAGAACACAAGAGCCAGCGCGAGGUUUCUCACUGGGAUUUUGAAGUUUCCAGAGAACAUCACUGGCAAGACAUCAUCGAAGAAACGAACCAAGAAGGUUGGGUCAUCAAACAAACAUUAAAUUUACCUAAAGCUAUUGCCGAAUGUUCCCAGGAUAUAGAUGCGCAAGGAAUCAAGAUUUGGCACAAACUCAAGAUUCACAUUCCCAUUCGUAAUCAGGAUGGGCAUGUUUCGCACCUUGACAUGGGAAUCCCUAUAAGCAUAUACAUGUCACCAUUCGUUUCUCUCGACGAGCAGGGCAAUGUGGAAUAUCGUUCCACUGGCAUACUGGUCCAAACAGACUCAACGGUUGGUCCCCCUUUGUAUGGAGAGCAUGUUCUUGAUCAGCUUUGUGGUACACUUCAAGAUUGGCAGACGCCUGGACGCGGUCUCCAACCAGCGUCCCCAGAAGCGGGUGUCGCUCAAACCACGGCCAGACUCUCUUCAAAUAGUGCUAGGAAUGAGGAGCACAGCCAAACAAACUCAUCAUCACGAAGUUCAUCCGAUGUUUCUGCCACCGAUUCAGACGAGUUCCCAGAGCUAAGUAGAUUACCAACAUAUCGUACAGCUCUCGGGGCCCCUUUGCGGUGGCACAAUCAACCUCCUGACUACCAGGCUACAAACGAGAGGGAGGGUUAA